CUAUGGCGAACCAACACACUCCUUGUUAGGACCCCGUUACCAGCUAGCACGAUGUGGCGCCGCUGCCUACCAAAGAAAACAAAUGAAAUCGCACCACGACAAUUUUACCGCCAUCCUCAUCUCCUGCUUCCUCGCGCCGGCCACAGGGCCUGGAGGGUCGGCAGCUUCCCACCUCCCUGCCAGGCUCCGUUCACGAGUGAGAUUCCAAGACUCCGGCAUGAGGCAUCAUUCGCUAUGUACUCCUACCUUCUUCCUUCUCUUUCUGCUAGAAGCCAUUGGCCUUCAGGCUUCAGAUGCAUCUCCUGCUUUUGCCAUUCUGCUUCGUAAUGGGGCUAUGUAGAGUAGGUACCGGUAUUCUCACCGGUGUGAAUCCCCCCUCAAACACGCCGGGACUGAGCCGGGGCUGCGCCGGGACCGGCCGGCGGCGGCCGCCCCACUACUGCUAUGCUGUACUAUGAUGUACUAUAUCUCCACCCCACCCCGC